GGAGGGAGAGAGAGUGCCUUAGGCCCGGCAGCGCCCUAAGACCGGCGUGGCGAGGACCUUGGGCGGAGAGCCCUCCCAGUACGCGACGGGGACCGAGACCCACACCGCAGCCCUCGCGGCCGACAGCCAACUUGCGCCAGCGCGGAAGGGUGCCGCCGCUCGAGAAUUGAGUGCCCUCGCGAGAUUUCCCGAGAUCCGGCCGCAGCGCCCGCUGACGCCGUUGCCAAGGCAACUGGGCGGCGCCAGCGCGAGCGGGAAGGAGGCGUCCGUCGAAUUUUUGCGUGCCAGCCUGGAAGACUUGAGGAGUGGCCCUUCCUGAGCUUCCAGCCCCGCAGAGCGUAGCCUCCGCUCCAGUCGUUACCCCUGCCCCACGGGGGACAUGGGCCGGAUCUCGGGGCUCGUGCCCUCUCGCUUCCUGACGCUCCUGGCGCAUCUGGUGGUCGUCAUCACCUUGUUCUGGUCCCGGGACAGCAACAUUCAGGCCUGCCUGCCUCUCACGUUCACCCCGGAGGAGUAUGAGAAGCAGGACAUUCAGCUGGUGGUAGCGCUCUCUGUCACCCUCGGCCUCUUUGCAGUGGAGCUGGCGGGUUUCUUCUCGGGAGUUUCCAUGUUCAACAGCACCCAGAGCCUCAUCUCCAUUGGGGCUCAUUGUAGUGCAUCCGUGGCCCUGUCCUUUUUCAUAUUCGAGCGUUGGGAGUGCACCUCGUACUGGUACAUUUUUGUCUUUUGCAGUGCCCUCCCAGCUAUCACCGAAAUGGCAUUAUUCGUCAGCGUCUUUGGGCUGAAAAAGAAACCUUUCUGAUACCUUCAUGACGGGAGCAUAGGAUUGAAGAUUGGAGGAUCAAGGGACCUCUCACCAUUCCCGAAACAAGAAAGGCCGUCUUCAGCCCUCCCCCUAACUGCACUUGUUGGAGGAUGUCAGAGUUCGUGUUAGGGUAAUUAUCACUCGAAUCUGGGAUGAUCAACGUUUUAUUUAGUGCUUUGUAAUUAAAAUAUAUUUUAGUAAGAUCAAGACUUACAAAACUUUUAGGGGAGAAUUGGGGUGGCCAAACUACUAAAGAAACGGAAGGCUGAUUUCCAGCCUUGCAGUCUGUAAGAUCAUAGGUUUCGCUUUUAUUUUGGUUAUUACGGUAGAGUCUGGCGGAAGGGAGUGGGAGGGGAUAUGUAAAUAACAAGUGCUGUCUGCUGUUAGGGUGCCAAGCUCGUGAGUGGAGCAUUCUGGGAGGGCUUAGUUUAUCUUUUUUUGGCAGCCAAAUGGGGAAAAGUGCUUUUUAAUACUGCAAAUACAUGUAGCAAUAGAAAUGGAAGACCCUAGAUAACUCCAGGUUGCUGGGGCUACCGCGUUAUACACUCACCCUAGACUUAAGCGGCAUCCUUUGCUUUGAGUAAGGAAUGCGCGAAUUUAGGAGUUUAUCGUCAGGUAGGAUAAUCCUUACCUGUUCCUCCUUCGGGAGGGCAGAUUGGAACAUGAUGAUUGGAGCUCGCAUGAUUCGUGAUUAACGUCUCUGCGUGGCCGGGACUUGCAACACCCUGGUCGCUCCUAUCUGAUUCUUCCUGACGAUCAUUUCUUUUUACGUGUGUGGAAACGGGCAGACUUUUGAUUUAGUUGUUCUAUUUAGCGUCUUUUAGUGAAAGGGGGUGUUUGUCAGUUGUGGUCUUUGGGAUUUUAAGUGUGGCGUGCUUCCGAGGCCACCUUAUUAUUUGUUCGGGAUUUUUAUCUUUCCAAGAACAUCGAUCAGAAAUAGGUAUCUGGUUUGCUGCGUGUUUCUGAGCUCCACUCUCUCAGUUAAUUGUAGAGAAGCGAUAUGUGAAAGGACCACUUGCUCAGAAAGCUGGGCACAGCUUCCGCGGUGGUGGGGUUAGGGGUCUGAUGAGCAAGGAAGUUACUGAAAUACACCGGUGGGCAUUGUGCAGACAGGCGCGCUAGCGGAGUCUGAAGGGCUGCCCCGUCCUUACAAGAGGGUUCUCAUGGUCCUAUUUCCUGGCAAAGGUUCAGUGUAUGUUCGGGAAGGUUCUCUCUGUAUUUUCCAGUCCUGAAUGCCGGAGCCCAGGCCAUCCUAAAUAAGCAGAAGGCAUCCCGAGUGGUGCCUCACACCUUUCCUUACACGCCUGUCCCUUCUGGCAGUCCCUCCUUCUGGGCGUGUAUUCAAUAAAUACUUACUGCAACGCACUGUGGUAGGUACCGAGGAAAUAGUGGUGAAUAUGAUCCGUGCUCAGCCUCAGCCAUCAUGGAUACUGUGGCUCUUGGAGACGAACACCUUCCCCCUACUCCCAGAGAAACUGAAUAGCACAUGUGGUGAGUGCUACGAGGGUUGCAGGUGCUUGGAGUAGGGAUUGCUUUGCCCAAGGUCACAGGCGUGCUGCUCCUGGAGGAGCAGUGUGAGUGAGGAACUGGAGUGUGGCCUGAGCAGAGAGGUCGGUGGCAGGUUGUGCUGGAGGCAAGGAAGGUGGACAUGGCGGGCUGUGCUUACAGGCUGAUCAGGAAGGUCACGUCCCGCGGCAGUCUAGCUGUCGCCCGCACCCAUUGGUGGGCUCCGAUUUGCGGAAGCCGACUUUGUGUUUUUCAGAAACAUCGUGGGCUAGUUGCACCGCAGCUAUUAUCAGAAAUUAUGUAAACUCACAAAUAAAUUAUAUUUAAAAAACAGAGGUAAUACUCAUUUAAAUAAAAUAAAAACCUAGAGGUAAUACUCAGAACUCAUUACUUCCUGAUUAUUUUUUUUUCUGUUUAUUUAGUUUGUAGGAAUUUUAUUUAUUUUUAUUGAGUAUAGUUGACACACGGUUUUCCAUUAGUUUCAAGUUCCUGAUUAUUUUUGACAUUUUACUAAUAUGCGCUCUCAAGCUUAUUUACAUUUACUGUAUCUGUAUAGUGCAAGUUCUGUCUAAGGAUGGGUUACUACUUAUGUUUCUCUUCCAAACUCACAGAGACAGCAAGCUGGUAUUUUGAAUUUGGUCCUGGUAGGAGUAUUUACACCACAGAAGUUGGCAAAUGCUACUCACCCGGCUUUGUUGCUUGUCUAGCUUUAAGAAGAUGAUGGGGGAAAAUGUCGAUAAUGCAGGUUAAAUUUUAAAAUGUCGUGUCUGUUACAUUGUGAAUAGCACACAAAAUGGAGGAAAUAUCCCCCCAGAUGUUGAAAACUAUUGCCAGAUUCAGCAAAGAAGUUCGUCAAAUCAUUGAGGGACGAGGGAAGUCUCAACACAUCCUCAAUGUUUCGUUUUUGUCUUAACUCAAAAACGUAAAUAAAAAUAUGAACCAGCACUCGUAUUGGAGAUACCCCUGGACUUGGGACACAGCCCCAUCUAUGAAGUCAUGAAGACAGGAGUGGAAUUUACAAUAAAGACUAUUGUAUGUUUUAUUAAUAUCUCUAAAUUCUGUGUUGCACAUCCUUUGAAUCAGUAAGUUUUAUAAUAAACUUAUGUCCAUACAUAAACACUA